UCAUGCUGCUGCCAGGUCCAGAGUGUGUCUUGGGUCCCUGUACGGCCUCCCAUUGCUGCUGUCUCCAUCGCCACACUCUGCCAUGUGCCACUUUCAGGUCUCCUCACACUGCUGGUGGGUUCCAUUUUGUCAUGUGCUGUAGGGGCUGCUGGCAGAUUCUGCCACGGGCCUCCCAUCCUCAUGCUGCUGCCAGGCCGUAAUCUGCCAUGGGCCCCCGUACCGCCUCCUCAUGCUGCUGCCAGGUCCAGAGUGUGUCAUGGGUCCCUGUACGGCCUCCCAUUGCUGCUGUCUCCAUCGCCACACUCUGCCAUGUGCCACUUUCAGGUCUCCUCACACUGCUGGUGGGUUCCAUUUUGUCA